AGCUCUGAAUACCUACUUAAAAAUGUCUUCAGAAUCUUCAUCUGAAUCUGAAUUAAGUGCUUGUAGUUCUAAAUUUGACCCAUCCAAGGCCCUAUACGCUACUAAACUACAGCUACCCGUUGAAGAUGCACCAUUAUAUGACAAUUUACAACAAUUCGAAGCCGCUCUAAAAUAUCAAAACUUAAAUACAUCAUCUAUAAUUUCUGUAGGACAUCAUGAUUUAUUUAAGAAGCGCGAAGAAGAAAAAGAAAGAAAGAAGAAAGAGCAAGAAAGAUUAUUAGAAGAAAAGAACAAACAGCGGUUCGCCCAGUAUGAAGGUCUCGUUCCAACUACAAGAAACAGAAAAAAGGUCAAAAAUGUGAUAACGCGUAUUGAAACGAUGGUAGGACCUCUCGGAGCCUUGAAAGAAUGCGUGGACCAGCGGUUAAGGAUCAAGGUAAUCACUCGUAAUGCGAAUGGUAUACGCGGUGUGCUACACGCGACUCUGGUGGCAUUUGACAAGCAGUGGAACCUGGCAAUGACGGAUGUCCUGGAGGUUUGGAAUAGGAAGGCUCCGUCGAAGAGAAAAAUACCACCGGCUUUGGGCAAACCAGUACCUAAAGGCUCAGCGGCUGCUCUAUCACCAGUUCCGGUGGUCACUGAAACCCCAUUGGGUGGUGGGGUGUGGGAGUGCACGAGGCAUCUACCACAAAUAAUGGUCAGGGGUGAACACGUCGUACUCGUUAAUAUCAUUGAACGAUAACUUCAAAUAAAAUAAGUAAAUUGAAAGCCUAGGAAGUCCCACUAAUGUGCCGAAAGUAUCUGAUAAGAUUCAGGGCUGGCUGAUCCAAGAUGGGUUCGUGGAUACAGAUUUAUUUGGAUUGAACUCGGUGACUAAAAUCAUGAUUGAAAACAAAAAUGAACAUUGUCGUUAUUAUAGCAACGAGAUAAUUUUUAUAAAGACAAUGAAAUGUUUCUUAUUAUUACCAGUUGUCGAGAAUCCCGAAGUCAUUCAAAUGCUAAUCAGUUUUGAAUUUAUUACCGCUAGCUUAUAUUACGAAUCCUUUCUUGUUUUUCUGUGUUUGUGUAGUUCCAUUGAUUUAAAUAUAUAUUAUACUUUUGUUUAAUUAUAUUUAUAUACUAGUUGCUACGCACGGUUUCGCCCGCGGUUAACGAUACUGCUCCGCUCGUGGGUCUUUGAUGAUGUUAUAUAGCUUAUAAUUUCUCAAUAAAUAGGCUAUCCAAUUUAUAGGCUAGGCAAUAUUUUUUUAAUCUGUCCGUUAUUUCUUGAGCUGACUCGUUCAAACAAACUUUUUGUACUUAACCUUAUUUUUUUCAAUCAAAGUAAGGUAACAUUUCGAUAUUCGUUUGAAAAGAAACAAGUUUUUUGUUUGAAAUAAUUAUUUAUAAUCUUUUUAUAUAGUGGAAUUUAAACAAAGAAAGUGGUGGCACGAUCUUUGGAUUGAACGUGUGCAAACAUUUAUAAUAAAUAACAUUAAAUUUUGUUUUAAAAACAAACGUAGAAGUUGUUUGUCAAUUUUUGACAGAUUAUUUUUAUAUGAUCUAGACAUAAAGUGCACAAAAAGAAUACAUUAUUUUAUCUGUUGUUUUGCCAUAUAUAUAUAUAACAUAUGUAUAACAUCUACAAACACGUUUCAAUUGAAAAAAAACAUGAGAAAUACUUGAUUUGUUUUUAAUUUGACGUGUCUGUAUAAUGUUAAAAAUAUUAAUUAUUUCCGUGUUUCAAGUACAUGGGUUAUUGUGGAUGGAAUUUGCUCCUGUGUUAUAUUUUUGAGUUGAUUAUUUAUUAUUGUAAAUUAUAUUUUUUAAUAUUUAUGUACCUUCUUUAACAUAGAAACCAAUAUCAAAACCGUUACUUUAUACACAAUUGUAUAAAUAAGUGUUAUUUCGAAAAUACGCGAAUUCAUUUAAAUAAUACAACCUUGAAAAAUUGUAAUUAAAAAAAUUAACAAUAACCCUAAUGUUGUAAAGUUUAUAACUUUAACCGAUUCGUCUUGUUAUUGUUCAAAUUAACACACACACACACACACACACAUACACAGACAGACACACACACUACACUAUGUGUUUACAUUAUAUAUAUGUAACAAUAAAACUUUGUGCUCUUGUCUCUAGCAGUGAUCAUAAAAUAGUAUCGAAUGCGCGCAAGAAAGCCGAAACAGCAUCUACCUUUAAUCGUAGCCGGUUUUAUUAUGACGUUUUAUAAUAUAGAAAAAUAAGUUCUCGAACACAUAAAAAUCUUUACAAAAUGUUUGUUUCGAUUUACGAAAAGUAAUAUUAUAGCGAUAAUAGAUUGCACUGUCAUCGCAUCCAAUUGUGUAGAAAAUGUCAACUGGUUUGAAGACAGUUGCAACAUUUGAGCCAAUGAGUCACUAAACAGGUGACGAUAAA